AUGAACGUGAACAUGCACCCAUCUCCUCCAGGCCCUCUGUCAUACCAAGGCGGUCACAGCGGCUUUCAGGGCCCACGACCUGAAAGACAUGGGCCGUCAAAUCUAUCAAACUUGGGGCAAGGCGGGCAUUACCCCCAGCAUCAAACCUUUCACGGCUACCCCACGUUGCCUGCCGGCAAUGGGACAUUGGAAGCUCAGAAACAGAACCGAAUACCGUCGUCGGUCGAGGCUGCUGGAAUUCGGGAAAAUCAGCACUAUCAGGCCGUUGUACGUCCCCCACCGGCACCGAACUACCAUGUUGGCGGUCAAAACCAACCACCAGCGCGCUCGUCGACUCUUCCUGACCCACUGCACUUCCAAUACAUGAGCAACCGAUCUGCUGCAGUAGCUUCGACCUCUUCGCACCCUAGGCUCGCCGUAAACACACAGGCUGUACGCCAUUCAAGUAACCCUUACCCACAAUUUACAACGGGAGCAGAGAGUCCAAGCUAUCGUCGACAUUCUGAGACGGAUGUUUCAUCUGGAACAACUCCUCAUCGUGCCCACCCGCCAUCCCAUCCUCUACCUGUUAGCCUUACAGCACCUACCCAUCGACCCCCUUCCAACCCAGUUCCGCCACCACCGCCCCGAGAAGGGGCCCCUCCCACUGCACACUCUCAUCCGUCAUCUUCUGUCCCUCCUCCAAACCCCUCAAACCCGCCGAAACCCAGCGAUCCCCUCCUAUACCCCUCCGAUCCGUUCGUAGCCACCUCUUGUGAAGCCGCACUGAACCCUGUACGCGCGGGCAUCGAGUCCGUCUGGAACCUCACCGUCAAGAAUGUCCGCGACGCGAUGAACAAAAUGAACCAGGACUAUGUCAAGCUCACGACUGCCGAGCGCACGAAGAAUACGCACCUCAUGCAUGCGCUCGCGGAGACUGAGGCUAAGCUCACUGCGGCACUCGAGGAGAACAAGACCCUGAGGCAGGAGAAGCAGGAGUUUGUGCAGAAUUUGAACAGGGCGAAAAGUAUCAUGGGCGGGUACAAGGAAGAACUGGCGCGUCUCAGGGCGGAGAAGGAGAAGUUGGAGGUGGAGUACAGGGUGUUGGCUGGGCUGCAGAAGGAGAAGGCAAUGCCGAUGAUGGGACCCAGGGAUGGUCAAGAAAGGACGGAUGCCAUGAAUUACAUGAAUUCGGUCGUUAGUGCCGUCAGCGAGCAGGUCGCUCGUCAGAUGGAGGAGAAGAUGACGGCGGUCCUCAAUGAGGUCCAGGAGCAGCAGACUCUUAGACUUCAGGCGGAACAGAAGGUUGCAGAGGCGUUCAGGCAACUCGAACAAGCCGGAGGACUUCCAGAGCGCCCAUUGUCAGUCAUAAGUCGACCGGAAUCCAUCUCAAUCCCUGAAUCUCAUAGCACGUCCCGGAUGAGCACUCCUGUUCAAGAGCCCCCCAGGUUCGCUUUCAGCCCCGUGCAAGAUCGACGGUCUCAACACAUGCCCUCUUUAUCAUCACCACACAUCCUCUCUGGUGCUCCUUCUCUCAAACGACUGUCGUCGUCUUCAUGUUCGUCAGUUACCCACGUCGACUCGAUCCGCUCUCCAACGGUCCCGAAACAUCAACCUGCUCCAGAUUCGGACGACGUUGUUGACCUCACGAGCCCGGAGCCAAUGAAUACGGAUGAUGACACAAACCAUCCACCAACGGACGCCUUCGUUUCAUCACCCACAGACGAGAAGCUCCCACUCUCCUCUCCAGUGCCCCCUUCUUCUUCGCCUAUCCGGGUAUCUACUGCUAAGAAGCGUUCAAGAGCGCAGUACGAGGAAGAAGACGAACCAACAGAUCAGCAGGAGUGCAUGGCGAGAGAGGCACCUCCUGCAGUCAAGAUCAAGUCUGAGAGACUUCCUGAGGUCUUUGCUUCUUCAGCCUCGUCGUCGUCGUCGACAGUACGUGUUGGUGGUUCAAGCGAAAGGGAAAGCGUGACAGUAAGCUCGGCUUCUCCGCCGAGGACGAGCACGGAGAAGGAGGUGGGCGAAGUCCUGGUGAAGUCCGAACCAGCCGAUGAAAAGCAAGAAUAUGAGGAAGGCGAAGUCGUCGAUGAAGACGUCGAGCCCGAACACGAACUUGGACCCGAGACUCAGCCCGAGACGGUCAAGGCCCCUGUUCACUCUACCGCUAACGCCGUGCAGCCAGCGAUAGAGGAGGUACGGAGACCACACUACCAGGAACGCCUGUCCCCGAAGCCAGACAAAGUAGACAAAUCCCAAUCGCCGCCGCCGCAACAGCAACAGCCUCCACAACCGCCUCCUUCGCACCAACCGCCAGCGCCCCGAGCGAUGAAGCUGGGCAUCAGCCAUAUCGAUCUGCUGUAUAGGACAGAUAACAAGUCGAUGACUUGUCGGAUGUGCAUCACCCGAAGACGAGAAGUUGCAUCCUCGUCUGAACGCCGAACUAGCCCAGGAAAGAUGGGCUUGAAGAUCUUCCCAACUACCGCGUCAUGGAGCGAGCUUAUCACUCAUUGUCAGACCGAGCACCCGAAGGCAUGCCAAGAUCUUGAGAGACUCGCUCCAGGACAGAUCGCGGAGAUGAAGCAGCGAAUGAAGGCUGGCCGUGCUUGA